UCAACUAAACACACAUUCACAUCAGUUGCGUCGUCAAUAUCGGAAACCAUAUUGGUGGCUCUCUUGCUUGUUCAGUUUUCUUUUCAAUUUAUUCAGUUCAUCUUAAAAUACAUCGAUUUAAUAAUAAUAAUAGAAAAUUUGAAAGAAAAACACCAAACAUCAUUUCAUUCAAUCACACGAAACGAAAUUUCAAUUUCAUAAUUCCAAUCAACAUUUCCGAAAUUGAAUACGAUAACUAAGAAGAAGAAGACGAAAUAUAUAUAUAUAUAUACAUAUAAUUCGUGAAAGCCCCCAUUUCGAAAAAAAAAAUUACAUUUUAGAAACGAGAAGAAAAAAAAACUAAUAUUGUUUUUUUUUCGUGUCCAACAAAAUAAUUACAUAUAAUAAAAAAUUUGUUGGCUCAUAUGGGAACGAACGAAAUCGUUUUUCUUUUGCAAUUUUCCAUUUGAAUUGCAAAUCGACAUAAAUUGAAAGGAAACUUUGACGAAAAAGCAAGACAGAGAUACAAAAUACGCGAAAGACAAACGGAACGAAACGGAAAGAAGAAAAAAAGUACCCAGAAGGCAAAUCACACAUCGAACGAGCUAAGCAACGUAGAGCACACAAGAGCAACAGAAAAAAAAAACGCGAGUGAUUCAAAGUGAAGUAAAAAUUCGAACGAGUGGCAAGUGUUAGAUACACGAUCCAAAAUCAAUGAUGUUUCCCAAUGGCUACGGACAUCCAUUUGGCUUUCGACCACAGCGCAAUGAAGGUCAAGAUCAAUUCGGCGGACCUCGUGUCUACCAUCAAAAUCAUCAGUAUCAGUAUCCUGAUUUUGGUCAAUCAAAUCGCUAUGAUCAACGACAAGUAAGAGAAUAUCGUCCAGGUGCGCCACGCAAUAACGCAGUCAACGGAUCUGCCACUUAUAUCAACUCGAAUAAAGCACCAUACAACAACAACAACAACAAUGGAACAACCGGACCACGAUACAACAACUAUGCAACCAAAUUUGAAAACGCAAAUCUGUCAAAAGAAGAACGUGCCCGAUUGCAAAGCGAAAAAGCCAAGAAUCCCGGCAAAGCAUUGCGUAUUCCAACUUGGGAAAAAUUGGAACCAUUCGAAAAGAAUUUCUAUGUUGUGCACGCAAAUAAUGCAACACGUUCACAAGAAGAAGUCGAUUCAUUUCGUGAUACAUUACAAAUCACGGUAUCUGGCAAUGGAUGUCCAUCACCAAUUCAAUCGUUUGAAGAGACCAAUUUCCCUGAAUCGGUUAUGAAAGAGAUGCAACGGCAAGCAUUCACACAACCGACCGCAAUUCAAUCACAAGGUUGGCCAAUUGCGCUCAGCGGUCGUGAUUUAGUUGGUAUCGCUCAAACUGGCAGUGGUAAAACAUUGGCUUAUAUGUUGCCGGCUAUUGUGCAUAUUCAACAUCAAAAACGUUUACAACGUGGCGAUGGGCCAGUUGUUUUAGUGCUUGCACCAACCAGAGAAUUGGCACAACAAAUUCAAACGGUUACAAGUGAAUUUGGACAACAAACCAGUCCAUUGGUUCGUAAUACAUGCAUUUUUGGCGGUUCACCAAAAGGACCGCAAGCACGUGACUUGGAUCGUGGUGUUGAGGUUGUAAUUGCAACACCCGGACGUUUGAUUGAUUUUCUCGAACGUGGAAUCACUAACUUAGCUCGUUGUACAUAUUUGGUACUUGAUGAAGCUGAUCGUAUGCUUGACAUGGGCUUCGAGCCACAAAUCCGUAAAAUUAUCGAACAAAUUCGUCCCGAUCGCCAAGUGCUCAUGUGGUCAGCCACUUGGCCAAAAGAGGUUCAAGCGUUGGCCGAAGAUUUCCUCGGUGAUUACAUCAUGAUUCGCGUCGGUUCAUUGAGUUUGGCUGCAAAUCAUAAUAUUCGUCAAAUUGUACAAAUUUGCCAAGAAGAAGAGAAAGAGAAUCGCAUUAUUAAGCUUUUGAAAGAUGUUGCUGCCGAUCGCAACAAUAAAAUUAUUGUAUUCGUUGAAACAAAAAAGAAGGUUGAAGACGUUCUGAAAUUGAUUCGUCGUGAAAAUUUUGCAGCCCUCUCAAUUCACGGUGAUAAAUCACAAAUGGAACGAGAUUCGGUUCUGAACGAUUUCCGUUGUGGUAAAUCAUCGAUUUUGAUCGCAACCGACGUGGCAGCUAGAGGUUUGGAUGUUGAAGACGUUAAAUAUGUUAUCAAUUAUGAUUAUCCAAACUCAUCCGAGGAUUAUAUUCAUCGUAUUGGUCGAACUGGACGGUGUCAACAAACUGGCACAGCAUACACAUUUUUCACAAAUAACAAUGCACGUCAAGCACGUGAAUUGGUUGGUGUAUUGGAAGAAGCUGGCCAAAGUCCGGACACCGCAUUGCUCGAACUUGCACGCAUGAAUGGCGGCGGCAAAAAUGGAUCUCGAUCGCGUUACAACGUUCGUCCACAUCCACAAAAUCAAUAUGGAAUGAACAAACAGCCACUAAUGAAUGGAAUGUAUAAUGGCGUCAAAAAUCAUCACAUGGGUCAACGACCAAAUUCGUGGCAACAUCAACCACAACACCAACAACAGCCACAUCAGCGUCUAGAUCGUAAUGCGAUUCCAAAUGGUGUGCGCAAACCAUACGAAAAUAACUAUACAAAAACCUAUGAAGGCAAUACAUGGCGUGGUGCCCAAGAUGGUAGUGGUAGUGUGGAACGUUACGGCGGCCAAAAACCGGCACCACGUUUCCAAGGUACAAAUCCACAAUACAAUGGACACCAGAAUGGACACCAAACCGAAAUUGUGCAAAAUGGUGCCGAUGGUAAACCGGUGCGACAAUCGCGACCAAACACUUAUCAAAAUCGUCAAAGUGGUACAUUUGUGCCGCGUAACAAUAAUCCAGCUGCAAAUGGUGCUCAUCAAGGCCCAUAUGUUCAUCAAGGUGUCGCUCCAGCCGCAAAUGGCUAUCAAGGAAACCGCGGCAAGCCCGAAGGUUUCUAUCAAAAUCGCAAUCCAAAUAAUCGAUACCAAGGCGGUCCAGCUGGUGGAAUUCAAACCGGCAACUAUCAUCAUCGCAAUCCAUAUUCACAGCAGCCAAAUGCAAAUGGCGUGAAUCCAAACAGUGUUAUUGUUGAUGGUAGUGCAGCAUUAAAUGGUGACGCAUCACCAAAUCCAAUCAACAUCGUCGAUCCAUAUAAUGGAAACGCUGAAGAUUUACAAUCACAACAACCACCGCAGCCAGCAGCUACUCAACAACCGGCACCAGCUCAGGCAUACAAUUCGACCGCAUAUCCAGCAGCACCAUCACCAAAUGCUCUGUAUUCUGGCCAAUACAUGGUUGACGCUGGCGUUCAAAACAUCAUCGCUCCGUAUGGUCAAUAUCCAUCAACCGCCUACUAUCAAUACACACCACCAACCGCUGCUGUUCAACAGUAAUUCGUGCAAACGAUCCCAGCAAAUCUUACCAAUUCCACCUACAAAAUCUACACAUUUAUAAAGAAUUCAACAGUACCAGCUGGCUUUGAAUACGAAAUCUACACCAUCAUCCCAAUUCAAACUCAAUUGAAAACUCUUCAAAUAUCUACCUUCAACAACAUCAAACAAGCAGAUAAGUGAAGAAAACAAAUUUCAAACAAAAAAAAAAAAACUUUAAUAAUAUAUAAUAUUAAAAAUGUAUGGUAAUCUUUAGAAUAGAAAUUUAAAAUGAUGCAUAUGAAUAAUUCUCUAUCAUAUUAAUUAAUGGUAACUACAAAUUAAAGGAAUUUUCAUUAUUCACAUUACAUUGCCACAAUUACAAUAACAAAUGACAAGAGAGCAAACAAAAAAAAAAUUAUUGGAUCAGUCAGUGAUCAGAAUGAAGCUUAACACGUACAUUCUGAAUAUAAAAACAAACAGAAUAUUAACAGAAAUGAAAUUUUUUUUUACUAUUUAAGAAAUUAAUAUGGGAAGGAAUCAGAAAAAAAACAAAUCUAAAACAUGAAAAUUCAUCUGAUGCAGAUACGAGAUAUAUGUAGAAAGUGAUUAUUGUUGCUUUCAUAUAAACAAGAUGUGAGCUCAAGAGCAACAUAGACGACGAACUUGUUCAUCGUUGCCAUGAAAAUAAAAUAUUAUACAAUUUCUAAAAAUCCACAACGUUCAA